ACAUUUUCACUGCACUUACGCAUGCAGUCAGUGCUGAACUGAGCUCAUUUAUAUGUAUAUACAAUACAUUAUAAUUAAUAAAACUCAAUAAUAAUAUGGGAUAAGUUUUCGUGGAAUAUUUCUGUUCUCGACAAUCCAUAAUAGGCACUACUGACUUCGUUACCACUAAAACGUUUAAAAAUACAAAGAAUAAAAUGCAUAAACAGCUGGGAAACAACGAACAAAUACACUAUUAAGUAUUAACGUUUUACAACACUAUUAAUAUGUGUUGAACUGAAAUGAACGCUGCCUGAAUCAACCACCACAAUCAUAUAUGAAUAUUUUUAGUUGCAAACCUAUUAACCUGCUGGAAUCAACAUAAAUAUUUUUUCAUGUGUUAAUAUGUGUUAAUACACACACACAUAAAUGUAUUUAAUACAAAAUGUAGCAUCAAGCCUUUUGACCUUCAAUAAUAUGCUGAAUACAUUUAACUACAUUUUUCUCCUUCUAAGAUUGCAUACUGUCGUCUUCCUCAAUCAAUAUACGCUGGUGUACAUACGCCUGCUUGAGCAAGCAAGCAAUCAGUUCAGCUGAGAGUUUAUUCGUUAAACACGUGUACGGACUGCCAAAAAUUCUUAUUUUGUAGAAUUUUGAAAAAGUGUAGAAUUUUUCAAUAGAAUGAUGUAUACGGAACAAACAGAUUUUAUAAUAGAACUACUGAAUGUCUAUCGCAGUUUGCCGGCAUUGUGGGAUGUAAAUAGCAAGGACUACAAGACGUUAAGCGUUAAAAAUGCUCAAUAUGAUAGGCUUUUAUUAAAAUUCCAAGAAAAAUAUCCAAACGCCACUAAAAAGUGUUUAUCAAAGAAAAUUAAUAUUUUACGGACGAAUUAUAGGCGUGAAGUGAAACGUAUGAGAGAACUGGAAAAAAGCGGUAAAAAAGUAGACUUUACGAGAGCAAAUUUGUAUUACUUUAAUGCAAUGGAUUUCCUCAGAGACGUUAAGCCUUUAUGUAGUGAUAACUGUAUCAAUGCAGACCAACGCAUGUGUAAACAACAACCGCAAGAAACUGUAAAUAUUACAGAAUAUAAUUUAGCGCCCAAAAAAAUUAAAUUGUUGACUCCCACAAAAUCGUACUUAAAUAAAUCCUUAAAUAAUGACUUAAGUAAUUCACUCAUUGAAAAUUUCAAUGAAUCGUCGAUUGAUGAUGCGGAAUUUAUAACAGAUGACACACCUUCAGGUUAUGCAGGUAGUAUCAAUGAACAAACGCCACAACUAGAGGAUUCUAAAGUUAAUAUUAAUUUCAAUAAUAAAAAUAUUGAAUUGAUUACUGAUAUAAAAUCUGAUUUAAGUAAGUUGUCAAAUGAUAAUUUAAAUAACUUGCCUAUUGAUGACUUAACCGAAUCAUCGUUCGAUGACAGGGAAUUUCUUCUGUGCACAGAUAGUAUAAAUGAGCAUGCAAAAACCUAUAAACAGCAAUCGUAUAAAACAACUAGCUAUAGUAGUACGACUGAAAAAAUUAAAAAACAAAGUGAACCGAUUUCUCCAACAGCAACGCAUUUUAAUAAAUCCUCAAGUGAUAUUAAUUCAAAAAUUGCAGAAGUCUGGGCUCACGAAUUAUCCGAUAUGGAAGAAAGACAAAAAUUAUUAGCAAAAAAAUUAAUAAACGAUAUCAUAUUCAAUGGGCAUAUGGGUCUAUUAAAUUAUAAUACUUUUUUAUCCAAUCUCAACAGUAUUUUAUCACCAACAAGUUCACUUUCUUCGAUUUAUGAGGAGACUCGGCGUAACUCGGGACAAAAAUCGGUACAAAAAAGAAAGUGCGCCAGCAAUUACCGCUAUCACAAAUAUAAAUAGAUCAAAUGUAUAUAAUGUUAGACCUUUUAAAAUUUACUUUAAAAUAAAUUAUUG